AAAAGGCUGGCGGUGCUGCAGGCCCUUGGGUGCUCCUGGUUGACUGCCCGGUCACAAACCAGUAGAUGCGUGGACGCCCUGCGGGGUCCAGGAAGGAGCUCGCUGCCAGAGCGUGUCUCCCUGCCGGAAGGAAGAGGGGACAAGACCCAGCAUGACACCUUCACUGGCCUUCCAGGUGUCGUAGACUGACAGGUGGUGGAGAAGGAACCUGGAGCUGGGAUCCACAACUGUUUAUGAAGCAUCGGGUUUUGUGACAGAAGUUCCAAGGUCGGUGGCAUCUUAAAUGGCUCGACUCCCAGCUGGCAUCCGCUUCAUCGUCUCUUUCUCCAGGGAUCAGUGGUACCGAGCGUUCAUUUUCAUCCUGACAUUUUUGCUGUAUGCAAGCUUCCACUUAUCUAGAAAGCCCAUCAGCAUCGUUAAGGGUGAGCUGCACAAGCAGUGCACGUCUGGAGACGAGGCUGAGCCCAGACUCAGCAGCCAGAGCAACAGUGAAGCUCAAGGGUCCCCUCGCCAGCUCCUGGACAACGAGACAGACUGUGGCUGGGCCCCCUUCGAUAAGAACAACUACCAGCAGUUGCUUGGGGCCCUGGAUUACUCUUUCCUAUGUGCCUACGCCAUCGGGAUGUACCUGAGCGGUAUCAUAGGGGAACGCCUGCCGAUCAGAUAUUACCUAACUUUUGGAAUGCUCGCCAGCGGAGCCUUCACUGCCCUAUUUGGAUUAGGGUAUUUCUACAACAUCCACAGCUUGGGGUUCUACGUGGUGACUCAGAUCAUCAAUGGACUGGUGCAGACCACCGGCUGGCCCAGUGUUGUCACCUGCCUUGGCAACUGGUUUGGAAAAGGAAGGCGAGGUCUGAUUAUGGGGGUCUGGAACUCCCACACCUCCGUGGGCAACAUUCUGGGGUCCUUGAUUGCUGGCUACUGGGUGUCCACGUGCUGGGGCCUGUCCUUCAUUGUGCCUGGGGCCAUCGUGGCAGCUAUGGGGAUAGUGUGUUUCCUCUUUCUCAUCGAACAUCCAAAGGACAUCAGGUGCUCCACCACCCUGUCCACGCUUUCAAAAGGCUAUGAGAACGGUACAAACAGAUUUAGAAUACAGAAGCAAAUCUUACACAGCGAAAAGAACAGGCCUCUGGACCCCGAGAUGCAGUGCCUGCUGCUGUCAGAUGGGAAGAAUGCUCUCCACCCGAGCCACGUCGUCGUCCUCCCCCCGGGUGAUGGAGGGAGCAGCACAGCUGCCAUCAGCUUCACAGGGGCCUUGAGGAUCCCGGGGGUGAUGGAGUUCUCUCUGUGCUUGCUGUUCGCUAAGUUGGUCAGCUACACAUUCCUCUUCUGGCUCCCACUGUACAUCACCAGCGUAGAUCACCUCGAUGCCCAGAAAGCAGGGGAGCUCUCCACCCUGUUCGAUGUGGGCGGAAUCUUUGGUGGAAUCCUGGCAGGUGUGAUCUCUGACCGGCUGGAGAAACGGGCCUCCACCUGUGGCCUCAUGCUGCUGCUUGCGGCCCCCACGCUCUACGUCUUCUCCUCCGUUAGCAAGAUGGGCCUGGAAGCCACUGUAGCCAUGCUGCUCCUGAGUGGGGCCCUGGUCAGCGGGCCCUACGCACUGAUCACCACCGCUGUCUCCGCAGACCUGGGGACUCAUAAAAGUCUGAAGGGAAACUCCCACGCCCUGUCCACUGUGACAGCCAUCAUCGACGGGACCGGGUCUGUAGGAGCGGCCCUGGGCCCCCUCCUGGCGGGUCUCAUCUCUCCCUCUGGAUGGACCAAUGUGUUCUACAUGCUGAUGGUUGCCGACGCCUGUGCCUUACUGUUCCUGAUCCGCCUCAUACACAAGGAGCUGAGCUGUCCUGGGCCAGUAACGGGGAACCAAGCACCGUUGAAGGAACACUGACCACUGAGCCCUGUAGAGGGACCAGCCUGUCCUCCACAAACUGUCUUUUGAGAAGAAGCUAAAAUAAAGGAUCCUGUCGUGAAAAGAAUGACCUGCCCUUGCCUUUUGCACACACAUCUGGAGAAGACACAGAAGCCAACUUGAGGCUUCUUGGUACCAUUUAGACUGUGGAGCUCAACACAGGAGUGCCGUGUCUGCAGGGCUGCCGUGUCCACUGCCUUAAGUGAGCCCGAGACCAGUGGCCUGCCAGCCUCGGCCUGCAGAUGCCUGACCAC